UUCACAGCUCUUAUUGGUGCCUGUGGUGGGAAUUACACUUCUGCUACAGCUGUGAUCUAUUCCCCAGAUUUUCCUGACACAUAUGGCACAGGCAAAGUCUGUUACUGGACCAUACAAGUUCCAGGAGCAUCUCAAAUCCACUUCAGUUUUGCCCUUUUUGAAAUCAAAGAUGCUGCAGAUAUGGUAGAAUUGCUGGAUGGCUAUACCUAUCAUGUACUAGCUCGUUUUAACGGCAAGAACCGGCCUCCCCACACCUUUAACAUCUCUUUGGAUUUUGUAAUUUUGUACUUUUUCUCAGAUGAAAUCAAUCAAGCUCAGGGAUUUGCUAUCAGAUAUAGAGCUGUGAAGGACAAUGUGCAUCAAAACAAGAUUCCAUUGAAUCAGACCUUUUCAGAGAAGAUAAAUGAACAGGCAAAUCUCAGCAUCAAUGCAGCCCGGUCAUCAAAGAUACUUUAUGUCAUCACAACCAGUCCAAGUCAUCCUAGUAGCUCCAUGCCUGAGUGGACAAUAUAUAGUCUCACAGCACUGCUCAUCCUAAGUGUUACAGCCAUAAUAGCAAAGAUAUUUCUCCACAUAACCGUGAGAUCCCAUCAGAUACCAUCUGCGACUGAAACAGAAGAUUCCAGUGAGGUUAGAACUGCUGGCGAGAUCUGGAGUAUAUUCUACCAGCCAUCCACAUCGAUAUCCAUCUUCAAGAAAAAGCUUCGAAGUCAGCAAGAUGAUUGCAACCCACUAGUGGGAAACUGA